AUGCCGCCCUCCUUACCGGCCCAGCAGCAACUUUCUUCGGCAGCUCGAUCUGCUACAUUAUUCGAUAACAGUUCUCAGAGCUCGACGACCUCACAAAUAUCUCAAGCAGCCCUUCCGCCCUUCCCUGAUGUCGACACUGGAGCCGAUAUCACGUCUACGGUAGCUCGUGACCUGACCCCGCCGUCGUCUGCUUCUUCCUCGGUCCAGGAAGAUGUCAUCACCGCACAAGAUUCGCCUACGCCGAGAAAGAACACGGCAGGCAUCAAGCCAGACUCGCCAGUCUCUGCUGGAUCGGUAGAACAUGGAGGUGUCUUGGGACGGGCGAGAGCGGACAGCGCCGCUGGAUCUAAGAGAACCGCCAGCGGGCAUAUAAAGCAGCCAUCUCAAACGUAUCAUGACUAUACACCUCGCCCAGACCACAAGAACCCGAGUCAUACGCGCUCUUCCAGUGCAGCGUCGGUCGGCAGCAACGGCAACGUAGCAGAGAUUUCGCAGCACCUUCGCACGAAAUUGAAGUAUGCAAUGGUGAAGGUCCAGCACGGGUGGCAGACCCGGUCGUUGGAAGAGCUCGAGUCUCUAGCUUCAGCAUCUCCACGCUCGACGGCAUCAGCCGUGACACAGACUAAUGUGAAUUCAGGUUCUCCGAGAAGGCUUAUACACCAGCGCCUAUCUCGCAAAUGGAGUGAUAGCUCGAGUUCUGUGAGCAGUCAGUCUGAGCUGUACAACAUGGCAUCGCCACAGCUCGCUGCUGUCCCAGAGUCCGGCUCCCAGUUGCGUGGCCUGGCUCCUCCAGCAGAUAUCAUUGCCGGACAGCGUAGGCGGCCCCCGCCAAACGAAUCGACCGACAUCAGUUUGUCUCAGGAUCCGUCACGGACCGUUAGACCUGCUGCGAAGCAACGAACCCCCAGCCAGAAUGCCGUCCUUGAGAAGGACGCGGUGGAGACGCUUCUGUUCAUGGCCAGCCCUAACAACUCCAGCUACCACGUCAGCUCGCAGCCAUCACAAGAAUCAUCACUUCGUUCGACACAGGUUCUGUCUGCGAUGACCUCGCCACUGCGGACGCAGUUCAGCCAGAGCACAUUAUCGUCACCGAAGAAGUCGCGUUCAGCAUCAGUCCACCUUGAACACUCGGACGGACCGUGCAGCGCUUAUCGAGCAAAUGCUGGACGACCUACCUGA